GCAAGCUUCACGGUGGCAGUGUCAAUGCUCGUGCCGCUACCAGGGAAACGUAGUUCUACAGCCUCCAUCGCCGGUUGUUUCCGCGAGAGACAAACUCAGUUUCCCACGUGGCGCUGCGGCAGCCAGUCCGAGGUCGGGCUUUUCCGGCCUACAGGAGGGUUUGAACUGGGCAGUAGUCGCUGGCACAGGUUCGGAGUGAUGGUACCUGUGUCUUGGGUCUGGGAAGGUUUCGACCAAGAUUCGGCACUCUCAAUUCCCACCUGAUAAUUGAGUAUCAAAGCAUCCCGCUUUCCCCCUAGAGUCCCCAAGCGCUGCCCUCCUGACCAGUCCCAGUUUGGCUUGAUAACUGCAUCCCUCCCUACCUUUAGUAUUACAUCCCCACUCCCCACUUUCGAUCUGAAGUGUGGCCUUACUGGGCUGUGUCUCUGGUGUUCCGGGCUGGAAGAGCAAAGGCACAAGACGUCAGGGAGCCUUGCGGAAGGUUAUGAGUAGGAGCCUGAGCUGGUCUGAGCACCUCGACGUGCUUCUCAAUGCUACCGAUGGAAAUGUGGCCAGGAUUAAGCAGUGGCUGUAUCCUCUUGGAGUCUCCACAGCGGCAGGAGAUUUGGCUGGGACCUGGAUUUCCCCUCAUCACUUGCCUCCUCAGUCUGGAGUCCAUGCUCAACAGCCUUGGGCUCUAGAGACUCCCUUUGUCCCAGAGAGGCUGAGUUGGGGUAAGGCCCAUGGUGCAUCUUCUCUCUGGGAUGAAGUUAUUAUUCUCCAAUCCCAGCUUCAAUCCCAGGCUCAGGUGACUGAGACACUAAGACAGGCUGUGCAGGGGCUGCUGGAAGAGCAAAAGCAGCAGAAGUAUAAGAUCUGUACCCUGGAAGCAUCACUAAGGUUGCUGCAGGGGAGCCCAGAGCAGAGGGUCCUUCUCCUGGAUCAACUCCUGGAGGGGCUGAGAAGGGAACUGCAGGGUCUUCGAAGCCAGGUGCAGGAACAGGCCCAAGCCCAAAUACAAACAGGACCACAAAAACGUAGUGCUACGGGUUGCCUUCACCAAGAGCUGCAGAAUGAGUGUCAACUCCUGUGGGAGGAAUCAGAGAUUCUUCAGGAGGAGCUGAAAUUGCUGCAGGACCAGCUGAGCCAGCACCAGGAGCUGCUGCUGAAACAGAUGGCUGAAGGGGGGCAAGCUCAGGCCCACAGCUGGAAGAUGUUGGAGCAGCUGCAAAGUGGCAGGGAGGUCAAGGGUCACACCCUGGAGGCUGCCAGGACAGAGGUCCAGGAUGCCCGGCAGGAGCACAACCUCCUCAGGACCUCCAUUCACAUCCUCCAAUCUAAGUUGUCCCUGGCUGCCACCUUCACCAUGUCUCUUUCUUCAUCUCCCUCUGAAGUCAGUCUUCCAGACAGCAACAGUAGCUGGGAAACUAGAUCUCCAGAAGAGCACACUUUCUAACCUGGAGCCCAGCAGCUUUCAGCUUUAGGCCCAGAGCCUUGAGCAGGAGAACAUAUUCUUUAAGGGCCCCACAAUGUUCCUGAGUG